UGUGUCAAAUAUAUAAUAAAAUAUUUUUAAGGAAUAAAUGAAUGUUAAUCACAUCUAAAACCUUCAUGCAGACUACAUUCAGUGCAGCAUUAAUCGCGGUAACAAAGAAGUGACAGUGACCUGACUUCCCACGGACAAGCAAGCAGAUAAACAAACUGUGGUCGUCCCGCCCAGGGGCAUAUUUAUUCUACCUUAAAAAGGAGGAGUGCUUGGGCACCUGGGGGGCUCUGUCAGUUAGGCAUCUGACUCUUGAUUUCAGCUCAGGUCACGAUCUCAGGGUUGUGAGAUCGAGCCUUAUGUAGGGCUCUGCACUGGGCAGGGAGCCUGCUUAAGAUGCUUUCUCUCCUGCUCCCUCUGCCCCCCCCCAAAAAAAUAGGAGGAAGUUCCGACACCUGCUAGAGCAUAGAGGGAUCUUGGGGACAUCAUGUUCAGUGACCUAAGCCAGUCCACAAGGACAAAACCUGUAUAAGUCCCCUUCUAGGCAGGAAUGGGAUCCACGGGGGAAGAGUCGAUGGUGGGCACCAGGGGCUGGGGGGUGGGCGUUUAAUGGGGAGUUUAGGUUUGGGAAGAUGGAAAGUUUCGGAGACGGAUGGUUGUACAACAGUGUGACUGUGCUCCAUGCUCCUGAGUGUACACUCACAAGUGGUUAGGAUUGUCAAUUUUAUAUGCGGUUUUUUUUUUUAACCACAAAUUAAAAAAGACGACUGUGGUAUGUAACAGAUGUUCAGUAAAUGUCAGUUCCCCCUGAGUAAUAUUUCAUGUUGAUUUCACCACUGUAAUCAAUAAAUUAUGAGAACAAAUCCUUCGUGUGGACAUUAGACUAGUGCCUGCGCCGGAGUCCGGGCCCUGCAGUCCAGCUGGACGCAUGAGGUCAGCUCUCCUGCCCGCUUUCUCCUCAGGCCCCCACCCUGCCUCGCCGCAGUUGCCCGCUGGCUUCCUGCCUUACAUGGGGUGCUCUGGGCUUGUAGAUGGGACCAGUUUAUUGAAAUGUUUCCAACUCCUGUUCUAGUUUGAGGUUUUCAAGCAAAGGGAGCGGGACACAAAGCCUGAAACCAGGCACAGAGAGCAGCCAGGGCAAAGGCCGUGGACCACCCCGCAGACCUGGAGCCAGCGUCCCCUUCCACCCUGGCCCCUGGGCCCUCCGGCCUUGUGCCUGCUGCAGCCAUCCUGUUGGUCAGCACAAAUCCUGCGGCCUCAGCAGCUGGCCUGGGCCUCUGUGGGGAGAGUCUGGGAGGGUUCAGUCACUGGCAGGCCCAGAGCUGAGCUGGUGGGGGCACGGCUCCCUUCACUGGCUCAGAUCACCAGGCAGUCGUGGACUGGGGCAGGUGUGUGUCUGCGUGACUCUGGGGAGCCGCGCACAGGUGUGAGGGUGUUAGGUGGGGCACCCCUCUGUGACUGUCCCUGGGGGCAGCUGGAGGCAGGGAUGGAAGGCGUCCCCUCAACACGCGAGCCUCCAAGCCCUGUGGCCGGGCGGGUGGGUCUUGUGCUCCACGCCAGGGUGGGAGCCAGGAGGCCCUCGGGGGAGGUGAGGGUCGGUGUGUGUGUCUGAGGGCUGAGCGCGCCUGUGGAGCUGUGUGUGCUCAUCUGUCAGCCGGUCACGGAGCGGCCUGGCCGCGAGGCUCCCUUGGGAGCCAGCUCUGCUCUUCUGAGUGGAAGGGAGGGUCAGGUUUCUCUGAGAAACCCCAGAAUAGCCCCUGGCUGCUCAGGGGAAACCUGGUCUGGCCCCUGGUAGCCAGUCUGGCCCCUGGUCCUGCCCGCCUCACCCCCUCUCACCCCCACCCCGUGUCCAGCUGUCUGCCCCCCCCCACUGCCAGCCCCCGAGUGCAGACUAGCAGCCCCUUCUGCAUAGGGCGGCCAGGCCAGGAGAUGCACUUGUUCCCUCGGCCUGUUUCUAGAGACCGCCUACAAGCACUGGGCCCACAGGAAUUGGGGGUGUCACGGGGCCAGGGUGGGCAUUCAGAAGGAACACUCACACGGGAGGACAGGCUGUGUGAGGGUCCCGUGGCAGAACGGUGGAAGGGUAGCCAAUGUGGGAAAGGAGAUUCGAGGAGGUUGACACAGUGAAGAGGAAACAGCAACGGGCAAACACGUGUAUACUCUGGGCCUCCCCGGCCACCCGUCAGCCCCUUUCCUGCCCUUGGUCCUCAGCCCGUGGUGUCUAUCUGGGCUUUGGCUCCAGACACUGAGGCUGGGGCAGGGGCCUUAGCUGGGACCUAGGGUCCGGGAGGGAGCUUCAGGGUGAGGGGGUGUUCAGGCCAAGGAGGGCCAGAAAGGGGCCAGGUGGGGAAGGGCCGAGCCUGUCCCAAAAUAGGGCCGCAGGACCUCCUGGCCAUACAAGGAUCUUGGAAUCUGGACUCUGGGGACCCCAGGCAGCUGGGCCCAGCUAAAACGCAGCUGACACUUCUGCCCCUCGUCUCUGGUGCCACUGCAGUGUUCUUCCAGCCGGCCGCAGACAUGACAGAGCGCCUGACAGCUGAGCAGAUCAAGGAGUACAAGGGGGUCUUUGAGAUGUUUGACGAGGAGGGCAACGGGGAGGUGAAGACCGGAGAGCUGGGGCGCCUCAUGAGCCUGCUGGACAUCAACCCCACCAAGAGUGAGCUGGCCUCCAUGGCCAAGGACGUGGACAGAGACAACAAAGGAUUCUUCAACUGUGACAGCUUCCUGGCCCUGAUGGGGAUUUACUGGGAGAAGGCCCAGAACCAGGAGGGCGAGCUGAGGGCAGCAUUCCGUGUCUUCGACAAGGAGGGCAAGGGCUACAUCGACUGGAACACGCUCAAGUACGUGCUCAUGAACGCAGGUGAGCCCCUCAAUGAGGCAGAGGCUGAGCAGAUGAUGAAGGAGGCGGACAAGGACGGGGAUGGGACCAUUGACUAUGAGGAGUUUGUGGCCAUGAUGACCGGAGAGUCCUUCAAGCUGGUCCAGUGAGCAGGUGCUGUGGCCCUGGGAGGCCUGCCUGAAGGCCACUGCCUGCUGCCGCCCACACUGCUGCUCAGCCCACCCUGCCCCACCUCUGGCCAAUAAACACUCCAGCCG